CUGUCUGUCUGUCUGUCUGUCUGUCUGUCUGUCUGUCUGUCUGUCUGUCUGUCUGUCUGUCUGUCUAUUGCUGAGUGUGCACGGGGAGAUUACCUGACUGUUGGCGUGCGUUUAGGAGAAUGGGGGGAUGUGUGUUCGUCCGUUUCGAUUAAGUGUGUUCGCAGAAUUGUGUCUCCUGCGUUCGACUGUGCUUUUUGUGUGUGCUCACUCAUGUGUGGCUAUAUGUGCCAUGCAGAUAUCACACUGCUGGGGCAAAGCUCUCUAAACCGAAGUCUGACUCACUUUAUUUAUCACUUUGUGAUAUCCUCCCUUUCAUAUUUCCGCUGUGACUGAGGAGUAAAAGUUUGCUCAGUUUGGCACAACUUUCACCACUUGAGGUUUAUUUAUCAAAAAAAAAAAAAAAAUCACAAUGUGUCUUUCUGGAGACAUUUUACAAUUUUUUUUUUUUACAAAUUGUGUGUUGAGGUGAAAUGAUUUCGAAAUCACUGGCUGAAACGUUUACCGUCUCCUCAACCGAAAUGCAGUGCAAAGGUCUGAGAGCUUCCUCCGUUGUGUUUUUGCUCCGACAUGCAAAAAUUACACAACAUUGGCAUGUGUAUGUGUGUACGCACAUACAGUAUUGUACAAACGCACUCAUCUGUCACAGCAAUUUUGCAUUCUGAUCCUCCCACACACACAUCGUUCUGGAAUGUAUCCUUUCUGUUAGCUGUUCUCUUUUAUCUUUCCUUCCCUGUCACAGGCUGUGACAUCUGGCUCCUGUCCUCCCUCGUCCACAUCAAGCAACAUUUAGGGAAGCCUUCCAUGUGCUGGUCAACACAAAACACAAAAGAGUCACCUCAGUAAGCUGAGCCAGCAAAGUGGAGGCGUGAAUUAAUCAGUUAAAUUACCAAUUCAUGUAGAAAAAAAAAAAUACAAAAUAGUCUUGCGUGAAGCCAGAACUUCUCUCCGCUCGUGUGUAGGUGUUUGGCAGAGAGGUCCUCGCAUGAUUCAGAGAAAAUACACAACACUUGCUCAAAAGUAAAAACCAUUUUCUUUUCUUUUUUUAACUAUUGUCCUCCGAAAUUUGUAAGACAAUGGGAAAUACCUUGAAAUGACAGCUUGUGUUUUUGAUGAACCUUUUCAAUUCUACAAUUGGAAGGAUUAGAGGAUUGCGUGUAUUUAAGCUUCCAGUUUAGCAAAGUGCUGCUUUACCAAGACGCCGUGACGCAUUCUCUCCAGACUUGCGUCAAAAAGGGAUUUCAGAAGUUUCGCUGUUCUAUGUUUAAUUAAUUAAUGGUGGCUGUGACCUCUGGAAGCUUUUCUCAUUUCUCUUUUGUCUUAGUCAUCCACCCCCUUUCUGUUGGACCAUAUAGGCAUCUGUGUCCAGGGGCAAGUGGCAGAAGUUGCUUCAACCUAAUUGUCUUUCUCUGCUCGUACUGUCCUCAAAUGACUUUCUCUCUGUCUCAACUCUCCCCUCCCUCACUGCCUCCCUCCCUCCGUUGCUUCUCUCUAGCUCUGCCCAGUCUCUGUCUGUAACUGUAGCCUGUGUUUUUCUCUCCCUCCCACUCCCUGCGACGUAUAGAUACUGCAUUGAUCAGACACACGCGCGCAGACACAUGCACACACACACUCGCACAGUGAGCCUCCCACUCCUUUCAUCAUUGAUUCGCUCUGCUCUGCUCUCCUUCUCCCUCCCCAUUCUCUUUAUCUCUCUCUCUCUCUCUCUCUACAGCGGCACUUGUUGAAUUCAACCCUUGGAGAAUAGAGAGAGGGGAGAGAAACGGAGAGAGAUAAUGACAGGGAAGCAGAGGGAGGCUUUGAGACAGCGCUAGGGCAGACAGUGAGCAAAGAGAAUGGGGCUUUGGAGGAUAUAGAGAUAGAGGAUAGGCCGGGGGAAGACAGACAGAGGAAAAGUCAGUCAGACAGCAGGGAGAGAAUCAUCUUCAAGACAGUGGGAAUGACACUUUAAGUGAACGAGAGAGUCGACCAGACGGAGUACAUCAGAGUGCUUUCCUUCCAUCUCUAACUACUCCUCUUCUGUCCUGGUCCCGGCUGCUGCGGGUGUGUUAGCGAUUGCCAAGGCUCCAUGGUGUGUUUUAACCAGAAGACUGGCUUACACAGGUCAGAACUGUCUGGGAUAACAGUGAGCGCUUUUCUCUGCAUUUGUGCAUGUGAGAGAGAGUGUCGUGUGCUGGUUUCCCCAGAUGCCUCUCUCAGUGGCGGAGUCUGCAUUGAAUAUCUGAAACCCCACCUUCCUCUUCCUCUGUGGCCAACAUGUCCCAGCUGCUCCAUGUGGAGAUCCCAAACUUUGGAGCCACAGUUCUGGGCUCCCUUAAUGAGCAGCGCCUGCUGGGACACUACUGCGAUGUAUCCAUCCUGGUCAAAGGUCAGGCUUUCAAAGCCCACCGGGCCGUUUUGGCUGCCAGCAGCCUCUACUUUCGUGACCUCUUCAGCAGCUCCACCAAGAGCCAGUUUGAGUUGCCCUCCUCAGUCACACCUGCUUGCUUUGAGCAGAUCCUCACUUUCUGCUAUACAGGGAAGCUAACAAUGGCAGCUAGUGAACAGCUGGUGGUCAUGUACACAGCUGGCUACCUCCAGAUUCAGCAUAUAGUUGAAAGAGGCAUGGACCUAAUGUUCAAGGCAAACUCACCUCACUGUGACUCGCAAACAGCAGGGUCUUUAGAGGAAACAGGAUCCGAGCCGCAGAGUCCUUGUAAUAAUGGAAACGGGCUAGCAGUGGCUGCCCUUUUGGGAACCCCGGGCUGGUCUCCAUCCUUACUCAUGUCGCAACGUAAGAUUAAACUAGAAGGGGGCGACCCGACGCCCCUGACAACACAUUUGGCGCAAAGCAAGAUUUCGUCUUCGGAGUUGGGGAGUCGGCUGGCGAGGGCCAGUUCACUGUUCUACACGACGGCUGGUGGGACCGCCAUCCCUGGUUUGCCUUCUUACCACCUUCAAGGACUCGGUGGGGGUGGAACAGGAGGAGGAGCCGGAGUUGAGAGGUCCAGUCCUGGAGCGUCCAGCCUGCCAACCACUGACAGUCCUACAUCCUACCAGAAUGAGGAUGAGGAGUUUGAGGAAGAGCCCUAUGAUGGGAUCACAGAGGAUUCCUACAGUCAUCUCUAUGGGCGUUCAGCUAACCCUUACGGGAUCCAGGAGAAGCCAGAGAUGGCAGCGAUGCCCUUGGCCUUGGAGAGCCGCAACUGUGUGCUGAUCCGCAGGGACCUGGUGGCGCUGCCUGCGAGCCUCAUCAGCCAGAUAGGCUACCGCUGCCACCCUAAGCUCUACACUGAGGGGGACCCUGGGGAGAAGCUGGAAUUGGUAGCUGGUACACAGGUGUUCAUGACUCGAGGACAGCUGAUGAAUUGUCAUCUAUGUGCUGGUAUCAAACACAAAGUCUUGCUUCGCCGUCUGCUAGCCACGUUCUUCGAUAGAAACACUUUAGCCAAUAGCUGUGGGACAGGUAUCCGCUCCUCGACUAGUGACCCCAGUAGGAAACCCCUGGACAGCAGGGUCCUCAACGCUGUCAAACUCUACUGUCAAAAUUUCAACCCUAACUUCAAGGAGAGUGAAAUGAAUGUGAUUGCUGCUGACAUGUGCACAAAUGCGAGGCGUGUCCGCAAGCGAUGGUUGCCCAAGAUCAAGUCGAUGCUGCCUGACGGAAUGGAGGUGUACCGUGCAGGAAUGGGCAUGGGUGCUGCUGUGGGUCUGGGCCUGGCGCUUAGUGCCUCUCAACCAGGGGUAUCCCUCCCCUUCGAGCCUGACUUCAAGGCCCUAGACCAAAGGUUGUAUCCCGAUCGCAAGGACCCUCUCAGGACUCACCCACCGCUGGCAGACAGCAGCCCCGGGUCUGGGGCAGCUGGAGCAGAGGCUGAAGGUGAAGGCGAGGGAGUGGUCCAGGAGGAUCAGGAGGAAGAUGAGGAUGAUGCUGGGCUAGAAGGUGCGGACGGAUCACUGGGGGCGCCAACUUUGAUCCCAGGAGCUGAGGCAGGCAAUUCUGGCGACACGCCGCCAGAGCAGGAAGUGGAAAAUUUUGGACAAGGUCUGAGGGUGAACGGACAGUGAAUGUCCCUUCGGGCUGCCGCUCACGUUGGGAAAUUUGUUUUAACACCGCAUUUUCUUUGGCUUGCUCUCCUACUCUAACAUCUCGUCCACCACUCUUUCUUCUCCUCUGUGCUUCCUCAACGGGAAUUAUUCGGCACAAGAAGCUGCGCUCGUAGAUCUUACUAUACAGGAAUUUGUCACACAUGCAUGCGCACCCGUGUGCUCGUGUCCACGCAUACUUACUGAUAGUGGAAGUAGAUUAUUCAUAAAAAAAUGUAGACACAGGCAUGGCAUUAGCACAUUAAGAAAAUCCACCCUUCCUGCUCCACCCUUUCCUUAGUAUACUCGGUAUUUACUCAGUAUUCGGGCUCCUGCAGCAAUAUGUCAAAGACCUGAUAGCAGAACAAACUGCUGGAAUGAUUCAUAAUUUCAAGUGUUUUACAAAAGCAAUGGCGCCUUUGCUGGCAGUUUAUGGAUUGUGGUAUAAUGGUUUAUAAAAUGAUUGUUUUUUGUUUUUUUGCCACAUCUAAAAAAAAUUACCCAAGCAACCUUUGAAAAAAAACCGAAGCUCUUUUAAAAAGCGGCUUAUUUGUUGUAUGAUAAAUAUGUAUGAAUAUAUAACGACGCCUGUAUUAUAAUUAAAGGUCAUCUACUGCAUUACCAUCGUUAGACAGAACAAUUUUCCUUUGUGUUAAAGCGCCACGUCAUUUUUUAGGAAAGCUAAAGACUUCCUGACAAUCCAACAAAUAAUCUAUCACAUGGAGUUGGGUUUUCAUGCAUAUCUGGCCGUGACAUAUUGGAUUAGAUUGUCAAUGUGAUGCCUGUGUCUGCUCCAGACCGCCCCUUCCAAACACACACACACACACAUACAGAUCCACACACGCAUAUGUGCACAUUUCACACCUUAUGAUACUUGGCCUUUAAUAUCUGCAUCGAAGCAGGAAAAAUAUUCACUGUCCCAAAAAAAAAAAAUUUGAACAGUGCUUUUCAUCUUUGAAAAAAAAAUCCUCUUCGAUUACAUCAUUCUGUCUUGGAGAUAAAGAGAGAGACACGGACAAGAACAUGCACUAAAACCCAAGCUUGCAUGCAUGAAUACAAACAAUGGAUACAGAGAAUUACUGCAAACAUCAACAAAGCCACAAACCUGCAUCUAAAUAAGCAAACAGCUACUGUUGCCUCCAGAUAUGCCGUUCAAGGACUUCUUUCCAUUUCUCACUGGGAUGUGACCUCAGUCCGACACGUGUCCGGAACUGACUGGGGUGUGACGCGGGAUCGACUGCCUUUCACACAAUACCGAUUACUUUGUCUUUUCUAACUCUGGGGCGUGCUGUCACCACGUGUAGAGGAGAUUGAAUUAAUGGAGUAGUAGGAGGAAGCGCACUACACUGAGCGGUAGAAGAGAGAAGCACUGUUUCACCUUGAUGUGGUGGUGUGAUUAAUGGCACCGAGACUACAUGGCCCUGCUUCCAUCCUGUUUAUUUCUUUUUUCUUUUUUUUUUUCCUGGGGUGGGGUUGGGGGGGGGGGGGGGGGUAAAUUAUUGAAUAACACUUAUAAGAGCAAUUUCUGCUGGCUUAUUGCAUUUGCACUCGACGUCAAAGGGUGGGAAACUAAGGAGUUUAGGCAAAAUGUGACUGUACUAAAAACUGAAAAUGUCCUCCACAUCACCCUGAUUGUUUAUUUGAUGAGAAGAUUGUGGGUUUGUAAAGACAAAAGAGAGGUCUUUCUGAAAGAUAACUUUCUAUAUUUCGGAAGGGGGCGGAGUGAAGCAAUGUCUAACAGGGUCAAAAACCUGUAUGUGUCAUACUCAUUUUCUUUUUCUUUUUUUUUGAUAUCUGUUCUGCUGUUCAUGCUUUCUGCCACGCGUAUAGGGACAUAGUCCAAACAACCUUCCUUUAUUCUUUUGUGCAUUGAUUUUAAGAGAUACACUGUUGUAUGUUUUUUGUUUUUCGCGUCAAAGCACAUUGAAUCACAAGGUCAGACCAUCAAAUUGAAUGAGCCCCAAAGUUAUUGGCAAAAUUACCACUUUUCAACUGUAAAAAUUGAUGGCAUAAGCCAACAACCAAGCAAAAAAAUACAGUAUAUGCCCGAGAUAUUUGAUCCGUUUGUUUCUGCUUCAGUGCGGUGCUCAAAGGUUGUGUUUACGUGACUUCUGUCAGAUUCUUUAGAAGAAGCUGUAAGAUGGCUCUGCACAAGAAACAGAGUUAUAAUUGCACUAGGUAAUAAUAAUAUUAACGUUUACAGUAUCUAGGUUUCUUCUUUUUCUUUUGGAGUAAUUGUGAUCCACCAUAGAUGAAACAGGGCUGUGAUAGAAAGACUGGGAUGAUGAGUGAAUGUAAACUGUAGCACUGCUUUGGGGAGGGGUCCAAGCCUUGAUUGAAUAAUGGUCAAAUACUCGUUUUUUUACAUGACUCACUUUGUCCUCAAUUGCAUGAGGCUGUAUGAUGUUCAAGCCUAAAUUUGAGUGAUUUAAUGAUUUUUAAACUGGUCUUCCAAGGUAGUGAACAGCAGGGAGUAUUUCUCUGACAUAGUAAACUUGGUGAUGCUUUUAUACUCCAUGGUUUAUUCUAUAUUAUCCCAACAAGCUCGUAAUUUGUUCACAAAUCUGUACAGACUUCAAGAUUCAACAAAUUAUAUCUUUAUGUUGUUUUUAAUUUAUUGAGCUUCGGUUCCUAAAGUUGCUUACAAGAAAAAUAAAGAUAUUCUUUAUUACUGGACUUUAUGAGAUCACCUGCACUUCUGAUUUGUCAACUAAGGUAACAGUCUUCCCAAAAUGUACAUCAUUUUGGAAGUCAACCAAAUUCACAGUUAUUACUUCAGAUCACAAAAUAGCUUGUAAGCCUGCUGCCCCAAAAAAUCGAAACCUGUACUCUACUAUUAAACUGUGCUGACAUAUCUAUUUAUAUUCUAUUUUCUCCUUGUAUGCUCAUGCACAAUCCAUUUUUGCUUUUGGUUCUUUUUUUUUUUUUUUUACAGGCAAUUUUUUUGUUGUUGUUGCACGGCCACUACUUUUAACUUUGAGGAAUAUGAAAUAAACUCCAGUUCAAAUGGGUGAGUAAAUAAUAUAGGGUGGGGAACAUUGAUAUACUCCCCUGUAGGGAUAAAGGGGCGUGGAGCAGUGCCUUAGACUGUGACUGUGUGGAUGUUGUUGUGACGUGAACCUUUAUGAUCGGAGACGAACAAGACAAAGUACAUGUAGGGGUAGGAUACAGACAUUGACUGAUGUUUUCCGUUUCUAAAAUUAGAAUCAAAGAACCUUUGCUCAGUAUAAUUUAAUAUUGCAUUCACUCAUCUUCUCACUUUAUGUUUGCCAGUUGAACUCAUAACAGAUUUACUGUACUUAGAUGCAUUCAACAGCUAAUCAGCAACAACCUCCUGACUGACAUCCUCACAAUAUUUAUACAAUUGACAGACCUCCAAAAAAAGUAUUUAAAAUUAUAUCUAUUGCAUUCCCGUGUUGAAAUUGAUGAUGAGGCCAUUGAGAGACUUCACUUUGGAAUAGUCCUCACUAAAUAAUCCCACGUGCAUAAACAUUUAUUUCCCUCUGCAUUCACAUUUCAGCUUUUUCACUGUUCGUCUGCCUUCAAGCUAAAUAUUUCCGACUCUGUCCCAGCCAACAAAAAAUUCCAACCUUUUUAGGAAAAACUUCUCUGGCUUCUCUUCUGCUUAAGGUCUAUUUCUCUUGCGCAGGGUGGAUUUAAAAUUGAAUGAUGUUGCACUAUAAACUGAGAUAUUCUCAGAGAAUGUCACGGCUAAGCCUUGGGAAGGGUGAACUGUUUGAAGUGGCUAAAAGCAAAAAGUCAUGUAAAAUGUAUGUAAUGUUAUGUAUUUUACAAAUAUAUUUUGAUUGAACCAGUGUCUCCUUCACAGAAAACUCUGUAGUUGAGAUUGUUUUUAAUUUUGUUUUAAAUUUAAUGACAGAAACUUGUCUUUUGCAAUAUCUGCCAUUCACCUAGAUGAUCGUUGGAAAUAACAAGAAAAUAGAUAGAAUGGGAUUGUUGGUUGAAAAUAACCUGUUUUCACAAACAUUUCUUUGCAAAUAAAUUGUUACUUACUUUCUAAAACCUUACGUAGUGCUCCGUUCAUCCCCAUUACUGUAGAAUCUGAUGGGCACAGUUUUGUUCCAUUGACUGGUUUAUUCUGAAAACAAAACAUUUAUAUGCAAAAGAGACACUUGUAUUAUAAAAAUGCAUGCCAUUCAGACACUCACUCUAACCCAAUGAAACCUCUGAUCUUUAUGCACCAUGUAAUUUAAGCUGAAUAACUGUUGUCACUGUUGGCAAACAAAGACUUUGGAGUCUUGCGAUGAGUAGGGUUGUAUUUUUAUCACACACCCAGGCCUUUUAUUGACUGUUUGUGUCAAGUUCAAACAAUUAUGACAGCAAAGUAGUGAUUAAGAGUGGAAUUCAUAGACUAACUACCCAGUUGAGUGUGCAUUUGAACUUUCAGCAGACUCAGAAAAAAUGCACUAAAAGUUUGUAUGUAUGUGUCCUUGAACAUAAUGCCAGCACUUUAGAACUACUUAGAAAAAUUGUAGGAAAGAGUGACCGAGGGUUUGGCGAACAACGAGAAACCGCAACUUUUAAAGCCAUGUGUUCAGAGCGCUGACAAUCACAAUAGGGAUGAGACCCAAAGUGCAUUAUGGGAGAUCUGACAUGAAUUGCUGUGCUCUUGCUAUUUGCUUUGUCUUUCUCCAGCUCGCUUUGGUCUGUGCUAGCUUACUUUCCGGAGGGGAGGGACAUGAUAAACUCGAGCCUUCUUGGUUAUAAGUGUGUGUCUCUGCAAGGAGGACUGACUGAUGUUUGACUGAUACCUUGGUGCUUCGUGAACAGAGCUGUCCUAUGUUGACAUGGACCACAUCUGUAACGCUCUAAUAAUAAGCAUGUGCCGGACUUGAUCCUAAGUCUGGGCUAAUUGGUAACCUCUCAAUGGACAAUAGUCCAUAUGGCAAAAGGUCUUAUCAUGCAACCCUACACUUUGAUCGUGGCAACGUUCUUCACUAUCGACAGGGCUUGGACCAGGCAAACUGGGAUGGGACAAUUUCAGUGUUGAUACUGCUUUAUGUUUCAAAUGAAAAAUGUUAAAAUGUUUAUGCGCCUUCUGACUCAAGCAUCAAUAAUAUAUACAACAGAAAUGCAAGUUGCCACUUUUGAUGUUGCAUAAGAAUCUACCUUUCAUUCCCAUCAUGGUAUUUGCCAUCACCAGUUUCAGUUGUGUAGUCCAGGAGUACCUGAUUUCUUUAAAUGCAAUACAGAAAACUCUGCUUUCUAAUAAAAGUCCUUACUUCACCAUA